AUGAUCCGAUUCAGCUGCUCGCAGCUCGUCGUAGGACGCAUGGACCCGCUGGUGAACCCGGGGCAGGCUCAAUCCCCCCAUGUUCAUCAGGUGGUGGGAGGCAACUCGUUCAACGUCAGCAUGGACCCGGAGACACAUGACCUCGUCGAGCAGUCCACCUGUACUAGCUGCACUUUCUCGGAAGAUUUCUCCAACUAUUGGACGGCCAUUCUGUACUUCCGCGCCCGCAACGGCACCUACAAGCGCGUGCGCCAGUUCCCCAACGUGGGCCUCCGUGCCGAUGGAGGAGUGACAGUGUACUACAUCCCGCACUACGAUGGCAAAACGUCCGUGACCGCUUUCAAGCCCGGUUUCCGCAUGCUGGUCGGCGACGCCGGCCUGCGCGAACGCGAGGGCAUGCAGAAGCAGCUGUGCCACCGCUGCCUGGGAUCCGGCUACGACCGCGGCGGCGCGCCGUGCACUGGAACGGACUCGCAGACGCUGCCCGAGGGGUUCUGCGAGGGCGGUAUCCGCACGACCGUGACCUUCCCCACCUGCUGGGACGGCAAGAACAUCGACAGCCCAGAUCACAAGAGCCAUGUUGCCUAUCCGGAGGUUGGGAGCUUCGAGUCGACUGGGCCCUGCCCCGAGAGCCACCCUGUUCGGUUGCCUCAACUCAUGUACGAGGUCAUGUGGGAUACCACCGAGUUCAACGACGAGUCUCUCUGGCCCGAGGAUGGCUCACAGCCGUUUGUGUGGAGCACUGAUGAUUCUGUCGGGUACACACAACACGGUGACUACAUGUUUGGCUGGAAGGGCGACUCACUCCAACGGGCUCUUGACGCCCGCUGCGGCAAUGCUGUUUGCAAGGAACUCCGAACGCAGACUUCCGAGGAGGCGAUGCGGUGCACCAUUCCUCAGAACAUUGCCGAGCCAGUCGACGGCUGGCUCCAGAAGAUUCCCGGUAUGGGAAUGGUUGAUGGGGAAGGAAAUUAG